GUUGUAAUAUUAUAGUUUAUCGGUGAUUCCGGUGCAACCAAAAAUAAUUACAAGCCCGAUGGCUGAUUCCGUCUCCCCCGGCCGUUGGUCUGACCGCUUCUCAGCUAAACACGGACUCCCGCUAUCACAUCCACGAGGACGGCUCAUCGAACGUGAAGAUGAACACACCACGGUGCAGGCAAAACGUAGCUGUUUACACCGGACAAAGGAUUCGGGAUCGAUGUUGUAGAACCAGAUCGGUCUACCAUUAUACUUUUCCCUACCGGGAUACCGGUAGCAGCAGCCUGCUGGAAUGGAAACCUUUGAGAAGUGGAAAAUAACUGGCUUCAACGAAUUGGAACUGGCGAAUGCCGAACGGCAGCAGCAGUGAAAAAAGUACGAUCGCGUGGACGAUGAUGGAGAGGAAGCAGAGCAUGAGGGUCAUUCUCCCCGGGUAGGAAAAAGAAGCAAAUAGAGAACAGAUUUAAUGCCACCGAGUUGCAGUGCACGGUCCCAGUGUUCUCAGCAUCUCUGCCAUCGAUCGUCGCAGUGCGGUUCCGGCGGUAGCAUCAGGCGUAAAACUACUCCAAUAUUACCGGAAUGCAUUCUCCUCGUCGACAGCUCCCACAUCCCAUCAGCAACAGCGUCGGAAUCUCCGGCACCGAUCUUCGGUUGGAGGUUACCUCUGCAGAUGCAGCAGCAAGAGGUGCAGGAGGAAGGAACUUUUGAAGAGUUACGGGAAGAGGACAACUUGCUAUCCAACGAUAAUUUGGACGAGAGCGUGACGGAGAGAAGUACCGUGUCUAAUCUGAACUCGAGUCAGACGGGAGGACACCCGGAUACCAGUAGACGGUUAUUCGAAUUCACGGGCAUCAGUCGGUCUAGAGUCCGCGAUCCCACUGGCGAUCUCUGCUUUUCGUCGCAUUUGGAAAUAGGAGAGCCUACGGAAGACUUCCGGUUAAUCCGGACGACCAGCGUUCAAUGCAUCGCUUUAAUAAAGCACUACGUCGCUGGGCAGCAGUAAUAUCAGUUUGUUUGCCAUUUGGGUUGUGUAGUGUGUAUACUAUAUUGCGGUUUUCUCUAGCUUAAACAAAGGAGCUCAUAAAUUUUAAAAAUAUAACACUUUUUAUUACGUUACAACUAUUUUUGUUUUGAUGUUUUUUCCGUGGAAGAUAAUAGUUCAGUCCCUGGGUCAAUCGAUAGAAUGGCGAAGAAUAAAUUUUCCUCAUACGAACUUCGAAUAAAUUUCAAAAAUAGUUCUUGUGCACCAAAAAUAAUAACAUUUUGGAUUUCAAGUACGGGUUGAGAUUCCGAUUAUGGAAAAAAACUGGAUGCCGUUAAAGAACCCAUUUUUUUAUUUUAAUAUAGGAGACGAUGUACGGUGGGCGACAUCCCUAUAGCAGUCUGAAUACUUAGCAAAAAGGCAUAAGGCCGUCCUCGUCCCUUAGAAUUUCUCAACACCAGUCUGGCAUCGGACACCUCAGCACUCUCGAAUACGGCCAAACGGAUAUUGGAGAUUCUACCCCAACGUUUCGGCCUCUUGACCGAAUCUUGAAAGCGAUUAGUUUGAAUAGUACGCUGACGUCCUUGAAGCUAGCCGGACUUGUCCAGGUCCGGAAGCGCAUCAAUCAGGAAGCACGAACCGCAGCAUCCGAAUGUGCACUUCCCCAACACUGAACAGUUGUCCAAUGAGUGCCACCGGAAGUUCUAGCUGCUCUAUGAACAAGCCAUUCAGCACCGAGCUGCAAAUACCAACAGUGUCCCAGUUGCUACCAGAUGAAGUGUCUCCAAACCAAUACUGAGUCCGUCCAGCGGAUAGCCACUGAAUCCAGCGGCAGUACGGUUC